CGGGCGAGCCGGGCCAUGCAGCCGGCAGUGCUUCUCGGCCUCCUGGGAGCCGCGGUGGUGGCCGCUGUCAGUUCUAUGCCAGUGGAUAACAGGAACUACAAUGAAGAAAUGGUGACUCAUUGCAUCAUUGAGGUCCUCUUGAAUGCUCUGUCGAAGUCCAACGCUCCGCCCAUCACCUCUGAGUGCCGCCAAGUCCUGAAGAAGAGUGGAAAAGAGGUCAAAGAUGAAGAGGAAAAUGAAAACAAAAAGUUUGAAGUAAGAUUGUUAAGAGACUCAACUGACUCUUUAGAAGUCCACACACCCUCCAGUAGGGAGGAAGCGGGAGCCCCAGGGAAAGAAGACACCCAAGACCCAACAAAGGAAGACAAAGAGAAAUGGGCAGAGGGAGGUGGGCACAGCAGAGAGGAAGCAAGUGACCUUCAAGGGAGCCUUUAUCCCUCUGGCAGUCAAGUCUCCAAAGAAGCAAAGACACACCAUUCUGAGAAGAGUGAGGAAGAGGGCAGGGAGGAAGAGGAAGAAGAGAAAUAUCAGAAAAUGGAGCACGGGGGAGAUGUCAGUGAAGAGAAACACCUUGGAGAGUCAGAAGGGACACAAAGUGCCUUUCUCAACAAAAGAAACCAAGCUACGGUUAAAAAUAGAGAGGCCAGAUAUGACCAACACUCUGCAAGGCCCUCUGAGGAAGAGACACACAGCCGGGAGCAGACACACAGCCGGGAGAAGAGCAGUCAGGAGAGUGGAGAGGAGGUGGGAAGGAGCCAGGGGAAACGCCCCCAAGAGUCUAAAAGCCAACCUGGGAGCCAGGAAGAAUCUGAGGAGAGUGAGGAAGAUGCCACCUCUGAGGUGGCCAAACGACGCUUGAGGCCAAAACACCACCAUGGGAGAAGCAGGCCUGACAGGUCCUUUCAAGAAGGGAAGCUUCCCUCUGAGGAAAGGAGACACUCUCUUGAAGGAUCUGAGGAGUCAAACGUGGGCAUGGCCAGGUUAGGGGAAAAGAGGGAUCACCAUUCAACCCACUACAGGGCUUCAGAGGAAGAACCCGAAUAUGGAGAAGAAGUGAGGAAUUAUCCAGCUGUUCAGGCUCCUGAGGACCUGGAGGGAGAAAGAUAUGGAGGCAGAGGAGGUGAGGAGUACAGGGCACCAAGGCUUCACAGUGAGGAGAGCCAGGAGGAGGAGGACAAGAGAAAUCACCUCACCUCUGAGCUUGACAACAUGGCACAUGGAUAUAGUGAAGACAGUGAGGAAGUAAGGGGCUAUGAAGGGGGAAAGGGACACCAUCACAGAGGCAGGGGAGGGGAGCCAAGUGCCUAUUCCACUCCUGACACCAGAGAAGAGAAAAGGUUCUUGGGAGAAGGAUACCACCAUGUUCAAGAAAGCCAGAUGGACAAGGCAAAGAGACAGCCACAGAGUGAGUGGAAAGAGCAGGAGAGAAAUUACCUCAACUAUGGUGAGGCCAAUGGUGAAGGAGCCCAAGGCAAGUGGCAGCAGCAGGAGGACCUGCAAGACACUAAAGAGAGCAGGGAAGAAGCUAGACUUCAAGACAAACAAUAUGCUCCCCAUCACACUGCUGAAAAGAGAAAGCGAUUAGGGGAGCUGUUCAACCCAUACUAUGACCCUAUCCAGCAGAAAAGCAGCCAUUUUGAGAGAAAGGACAACAUGGAUGACAAUUUUCUUGAGGGUGAAGAGGAAAAUGAGCUGACCUCGAAUGAGAAAAAUUUCUUCCCAGAAUACAACUACGACUGGUGGGAGAAAAAACCCUAUGGGGAGGAUGUGAACUGGGGAUAUGAGAAGAGAAACCUCGCCAGGACCCCCAAGCUGGAUCUCAAAAGGCAGUAUGACAGAGUGGCUGAACUGGACCAGCUCCUACACUACAGGAAGAAGGCAGCUGAAUUUCCGGACUUCUAUGACUCUGAGGAGCAGCUGAGCACCCGCCAAGCAGCAGAAAAUGACGACGGGGUCGACCAGAGAGUGCUGACAGAGGAAGAGGAAAGAGAACUUGAAAACUUGGCUGCGAUGGAUUUGGAACUACAGAAGAUAGCUAAGAAGUUUAGUGGUAACCGAAGGGGCUGAUGGUCGUCGGAGCAAAGGGCAGUUUAAAGCAGCAGCCCUCACGUUACUUUCC